AAGUUAAAUAAUGGCGCCAAGACGGAGAAGUUCACGAGCGGUAAAAAAUAAGAAAGAAAGUCGAGAAGGAAGCUCCAAUGACGAACAUUCAAACGAAUCCAGUACACGAAGCAGCAAGUCAAGAGACGGAAGUCAUCAUAAUGAAGAGGAGGGUGAAACGUCUAAAGCUUCAGAUCCUCAAAUAAAUGAAGAAAGUGAAGACGAAACGAGUAAUGCAAGUGACGAGCAAGAAGAAAAUGACGAUACAAGCAGCGAUGAAGAUGCGGAACCUAUUGUGUUAAAUGUGACAGAGCGUGCCCGGAGAGCAACUGCUGGUAAUAAAAUGGCAGCGCUUUUGGCAUCUGCAGAUCACGAAGACGAGUUUUAUAAAACUGCAUAUGGUGGCUUUGAAGAGAAUAACGAGGUUGAUAAAGAAUUCAAGUCGCCUGUGCAUUCGGAUGACGAUGAGGUUGAUUCUGAUUUUGAUAAGCCCGAAGAAGAAGAUGAGCCUGCCAGUGGUGGUGAAGAAGAUGGUCGUCCAAGAAGGAAAAAAAGGAAAUUCAAUGAACCAAAAAGAGGAAUGACCGCGGAUGAUAUUCUAGCUAAGAACAAGAAAUGGGCUAUGGCAAGAUUAGCUGGAAACAUUGUUGCAGCAAAUUCAGUUGACGAUAAAACACAAGCGGCAAUGUUGAAGGAAGCCGAGAAAACUGAAAAAAUGAACAUAGAAUCACUGAAAAAAUAUGAGGCUUUCGAGUUGGAGCGGAAAAGAAAACGUGAAAAGAACACAGUUCGUGUAUUUCCUCCUGGACCAAGAGAGCAGAUAAAAAUGACUGAAAGUGGAACUACUAUUACUCUGUCUGAAAUAAAGACUUUCAAAUGCGAGCGUCCACGAGAACGAAAUUUGUGUGCAGUAACCGGACGUCCAGCUCGAUAUCUCGAUCCAGUGACACGACUACCAUAUUCAACGGCAUAUGCAUUCAAAGUGAUUCGGGAUAGAUAUCACAAACAUCUUCGAAGUAUUCGUGGAAAUGAUGAGGUGACGACCUACCUGAAAAGCCUGAAGGCUCUACCAUCUCCACAGAUUUCUCCAAGAGUUCCCUUAUUGACAACUGGACCGAUCACAUCUGGACCACUUGUUGCUUCUUCAGCCGGUCUAACGGUUAUGGCAACAUCAACGUCUUCUGCUCCGAAGACAACAACACAUUGAAUGAAAGAAGUUCGAAGCGCCCGUCUUCUUCUUUUUCUUUUCAUCCGCAUUGUUUGUUCUUGUACAUAUCGGCUCCUCUCCCGGCCGUCUUCUUUAGCUUCUUCGUCUCUCGCUGCUCAUCCCACUUGGCAGCUCAUUUCUCUAUCUCUGUCUCCUUUUCCUUUUUUCAUUUACUUGUCGUCCUCUCUUUUUAUUUUCUCUCCUCUCUAUGUCUGCAUCUUCUUUCAUUUUUCUCCACUGCCGCCGCCGCCACCACCACCAACAUCACCGCCGCGUCGCUUCGAAAUUCGUCUAAAAUUUGCCCUCCUUCCAUCCUCGGCGCAGCAUAUACCAUCAGCACUGCCCGCCGAGACAGUAGUGUGGCUCCAUUUUAUUUGUAGAUCUCUUGCAAACUUCCCCCUCUUCCUCUCGUCUCCGCCCUGAUCUGAUAACCCUCACUUUUUAUCCAACCUACACGAUUUUUUCUCAGUUGAAGAGGCUGUUGAGCUUUUUGUUUUAUAUGAUUACUAUUUUUUAAAAAAUCAAUUUUUUUUG